GUGACUUGGCCGUCGCGUCUUCGCUCCCCGAACCUAAGCCGCCCAUGUGCAAGUCUUGCCUGUGACUACCUUAGGCUUGGAUUGUGUAUCUUGGUCUCUCCUCCUCGCCUCGGGUCACCUAGUUGCACCCUGAUUACCUCACCAUCGAGCCCGUUCAAGCAAUAAACCAACAAAUCAUCUGCCCAACUUCCCUUCGUCCUCUCCUCUCUCUCUUCUUUCCUUGAUCUGCCUGCUCUGUUCUGCCUCAAUUCCCUUGAGUCUUUCGCCUCAUCCCAUCUCAACCUCUCAACCCCUCGUACAGAUGGUCCACACCGUCUCGCCUUGGGCAGUUCACCACUACUUUUUCUAGGUCCUGCCCUCACGACUACCCAUCCUGGCACUUGCGCACGCACUCUCCCCCGCGCAUCGCGACACGAACAAACAUCCAGCCGUCCGAUAGCUCCACCUCGUCAGGUUCCGCCAGUCGCCUGGCACCAAAGAACGCUCCUAUCCUGCUUUCAUUACCUCGCCUUGACUCCCCCCAUCUCGUCGCACCUUCGUCGUGGUGUCCGUCAUCGCAAGCGUCGGCAACCAGGGCCUCCAAACUAGAAAGGCUGCGCAGCAAACAAAAAGGGAUCUGUUGCUUGAUUCGAGAUUUCGCUCUCAACAUCGACCUUUACAUCUCCCGAUAACCCCGCGCUUCUUGCGCUGCAUCUUGCUUACACUGGGAUCCGGCUCUAGGGAUACCCUUCUGACGCGCUUCUCCAUGUUCAAGCCGCCGUAGGCUUUUUGUCCCUCCCCCGACCACCGCAGCUUUGGUCUUGAGACGUCUUCUUCAUGGUCUCGCAUCCCGACUCCGCUUCCUCUCUCACCUUGCGAAGCCCUUCCUCGGUCGUUUCGCGUCCCUCCCUUUCGCGCACGAAGCGAUACAACAGGUCCCACGUCGGCGGCGCCACCCACGUAUCCCAGAAUGAAUUCCCCAUCUUUAGCAACUCGGGCGAUGUCGAGAUCAUAGUCAAGGCUGGCAGCCACCACAACCGCUACCUGCUGCAUCGUCACACUCUCACCCGAUCAUCCGGUUUCUUCGAGGCCAGCACAAGUCACGAGUGGUCCAAGCCAGUUACUGAUGGCGCCUCUGGCGAUGUUGCCCGCAUCGGCGACGGCUCAUCUGUCGAUUCGUCAUCGAACGCCCCAGCCUCGAGCCGAGCCCUGACGACGUCGGUCAACCCAAGGAAACGAUGGCGCUAUGAAUUGGAUCCAGGAACAGGGGAUGGGGAUAUUCCAAUGCUGGUACAAAAGGACGAGGACCACCCCAAGGGCUCCUCGGGCAGCCAAACCACGUCGUUGUUCGGUCCCGGCGGCGCUGGCGGCACCGGCAAUCAGCCCAUGCCUUUCACGCGAAGCAAGACAUCUAGUCACUCGCACUCUUCAUCCGCCCACUCAAGCCACAACUUUUUCCGUUCCGUGGCCAACCUGAGUCUCGUGCCGAGCUCGACGACGACGACGGCCCAGCCUCUCUCACAGGCCGACCAGGAUUUGCUACGGGAUUAUGAUAACCUCUUCCGCAUAUUUUACAACUAUCCACCGGUCCUGGAUGGGGUGAAUAUUGCCGACGCUUACGUGCAAUGCAAGUCACUCAUCACCCUGGCGGACCUGUACGACGCGCUUGCCGUGGUCGGCCCUAGGGUUGACCAUCACUUGCUUCAAUUCCAGUCACGACUAUGGAAACAGAUUGCCAAGUAUCCAAUAUCUUACCUUCGCCUCGGCUACCUUGCGCGCAGUAGGGUUAUCUUCCAGGAGGCCCUCAUCCACGUCGUUGGGCAAUGGCCGUCAGGGGAACGCAGUCUGCGUGCUGCUCUUCCCGACAUAGUCCUUGACAUCAUUGAGGACAAAGUUGACGAGCUCGAGGAGACCGUCAGCCGGGUCGAGGGCCGUCUCUUUCGGCUGAACCUAAUAACAGCCCGGGGUGAGCGUGUCACACCUAGUACAUCCUAUCUGGACUGGCUUGCAGUCAGUUUGUUUCGACAGUGGCUGGCAGAUAACACCAGCCCUCCACCUCCCGACAGACGGAUGCAAGCCUCUCGCGACAGCCGCAACGGCAAUCCACAACAACUGGCCCUCCCCACCGUUGUGCCGCCUUUGGCAACGGUCGGCCGCACAUACCGCACUCUUGGCGCUUCCUCGUCGGUCUAUCUUGGCCACGACGAGUGCAAACGGUUCCUGAAAUUGACACCCGAGCUGUAUAGCCGCGACAAUCUACGCCGCUUCGAAAAGCGCAUAGAUGAGCUCAAGUCGAUGGCCCGCGAUAUUGUGCGGCCGCUGAUGGGAAGUGGGCUCGAGCUAGACACCAGUAGUGGGAGAACGGCCGAUGGAAUCGGCUACCUUACAUGCGUAACGGUAGGAGAUCGUGAUCUUCCCUGGCAUGUUGACCAUUAACACGAUGAAACGCCUGGUGUGCACACCC